GAGCAGAGACAAACUUUACUAAUUCAUCCCAACUGAGAAUCCUGAUCAGAUCCACCGCCGAAGACGAUGGCGAAGCUCGCUGUGUGUGCUGCUGUUCUGCUGCUGCUGCUGGUGGCGCCGAGUGAAACCAGUCCCCCACGGUUUUGCUGCACACGGUACCAAGAAACUCAGGUGCCAGUUAAAAUGCUGAAAAGCUACAGAAUCCAAGAUGACAUGGGUCACUGCAACAUCAAAGCAGUAGUUUUCAAGACCAAGAGAAACAAGGAUUUAUGUGGCAAUCCUGAGGAAGAAUGGGUGCAGAAAGCCAUGGAGCUGAUCCCUCGGAGACACUGAGCAGCAUCAUGGAGGUCACCUGAAGAAAUCAGCCUGAAGACAUAAAGAUGCACAAGAUGAAUUUAAUGCAUCACUUUCAAUUUUUGGAAUUAAAUUAAUAUAAUAUUUUUAGCAUCUAAAAUUUAUUGAUUUGAAAACAAUAAACACAAUAUAUUUUUUGAAAAUUUCGGAUCUACUGCUUUU